AAAAAAUGAUUUAUUAUUAACUUAUAACGAAAUAAUUCAAUGAAAAUUGUUAUUUAUUAACAUAAGAUUUCAUUUAUGUUCUAUGUGCUUGUAAUCGCCCAGCGUUCAUAGUAAACUAAACAGUAAACACUAAAGUAAUUGUAAAUCGCUUUCAAAUAAUCAAUCAAUAAAUAAUAAUUAAAAAUAUUUUACACAUUCAAUACUACCUCCAGUAUAAUCUAUUGUUUACUAAAACUACUGGUCUUAACCACUGUAGUACUGUACCCAACGGAAUUUAAAAUGGAACUAACAGAAGAUCAAAGGAAACAUAUAGAAGAAAAUCGGAAAAAAGCAUUGCUAAUAAGACAUGAAAAAUCAAAAGCUAGAUCAGCUGUACAACCUUACCAAAAACCUAUGUUACAUCAGUCAAAGGUAGAUAAAAGUCUUCAAAUCACAGUUGCUGGACAAUCAUACGUAGACACUGAAGCUGGAUUUCUGUUAAACGAGGAUGAUCUUUCAGAUAAAAAUAAACCGAUAACACUAGCAUUAAUGCCUAAUCCAAUAUUAUCAAAAACUGAACAGCCUUUGUGUCUUGAAUGUAAUCACGAAUUCGGUAUUUCAUACUUAAUGACAAAUUUUGAUCAUCCUGUCUGUGAUAGAUGCAAGGAAAAAUAUGGGAAAGAAAAAUUUGAUUUAAUAACCAGGACAGAAGCUAAAAAGGAAUAUUUAUUAAAAGAUUGUGAUAUUGAUUUGCGCCCACCUCCACUUAGGUUUAUUCUGGGCAAAAAUCCACACAAUUCCAGAUGGGGGGAAAUGAAAUUAUAUCUUUUACUUCAAGUAGAAAAAAGAGCACUAGAAGUUUGGGGUUCUGAAGAAGAAGUGGAGCGACAAAUUGAAUUAAGACAAGAAAAGCAAAAGGCAUCAAAGUUAAAAACAUUUAAGAAAAAAAUCAAAGAAUUAAGGAUGUCUACAAGAAGUAGUUUAUAUACUAAAGUCACAAAUGCUUUUCAUCAACAUGAAUAUGAUACAGAAAUAUACAACAAAGAAGAAGAUAAUUAUGAACACACUUGCACUUCUUGUGGAUUUCAUGAAAUUUUUGAAAAAAUGUAAAUAAUAUUAGAUUAGGAUAAAAAAAAUUUCAGUUUCUAUUUAAAAUAAUUAUUUUUGUAAAUGAUUCAUAAAUAUUU